UAUAUCCGGCUAUAGUUUACGAGUUGAUGGGGUUGGUUUGUUUGCCUUGUCCAACGCUAAUACAAGACAGAACUACAGCAAUACCCAUGUAAACCAACUAUAGCUACUAAAGUUUAGAAAAGCGAAAAGACGGAAAGUGAAGGUAAACCGACAGUCAUAAAAACACGCCUACAUAUAAAACACAAGUAAAAUAAGUGACUCGGUAAACUGAGUGAUCGUUACUUCAAACGAUACAAUGUAAUACACAAUUCAAUUCAACAGCACUUAGAUUUUAAUUUGAAAAAAGUCUGCGUAAAGAUAGACAGUAAAACUAAUAUGAUUGAGAUAAAGUUUCAUGAUCAAAAGAAGCUCAUGAAAUCAUAUGAUAGACAGCUGUCAAUCAUCCCAAAAAACGAAGAUGAAACUUUCACUGGAUAUCCUGUUGAUGUCACAACUCAUUGUCCUUGCGUCGUACAAACCACAUCUGCAUACAAGGACGAUGCAAGCAUUAUACAGUUCGAUUUCAUUCAAAACGACUUCUGCGACUGCAAAAGAACCCGCCUACCAGACAUUAAUGAUCACAUUCUUGGCUUAUUGCUGAUGAUUUUAGUCGCCCUGAUAGUAUUAACUAACUCGAUAGUUAUGGUGAGCGUAUGUAAGAUUUUACACCGAAGUUCCGCACACACCAACAGUAGAAGACUGAAGAUUAGUUGUAUUUUCAAUUUUAAUUUAUCAGUGGCUGAUAUUAUGAUUGGUGUUGCAGCAAUGAUAUCUCUAGACGUUCAGGGUGGUCGUUCAUUUUCAAUUGGAACUUCGUACAACAAGUGUCUUAUCCUAAUAACCAACUGUACGAUGCCAUGUGUGUGGUCUGUAGCGUCCAUGACAACUAUUUGCAUCAAUCGAUAUCUUAUGAUCAUGCACCCACUCAAAUACGACAUAUACUUAAAUUGGAAAAGAGCUCUUGUGAUCGUGAUGACCAUUUGGAUAACCGCCUGCAUUGUUGGUUAUUCUCCUCUCAUGGGUUGGAAUAUAUCGGAACAAGAAUAUUUGAAAAAUGGAAGUGUGUGUUCGUUUUUAUACAUAGUGGAUCCUACAUACGUGGCAUUCCUUUGCAUUGGAACAUUUGUACCACAAGUUUCACUUGUUCUGUACAUGUACUUUAAAUUAUAUCAAGUUUCGAAAAAACAUAGGAAAGUAAUGGACAGUUUCACCGUAACAACAAAUAGGAAAACAGAAUCUCCCGCAUUUACUCGAAGAAACAACAACAUUUGCACAAGAACUUCAACAUCUGUUGCAAAUCCAUCAAUACAUGAAUCUAGUUAUAUUGAAAUUCCCGGGACAACGGUUUCUGUGAUUUCCACCAGCAGUGUGAAUGAGUUACACGCAAACAUGGCUGCGCAAUACGACGUUGUAUCUACUGGUUUUAUCCUACCAUGUUCUGAUACGGUUUCUUCCACAAGCGGCACCUCACCAUCGCAUACACAGCAUACACAAUCGUUUUUCUCCCAGGUUCGCAAAUAUUCGAAAAGUCACAAUGUUGUUCGAAGAAAUAGUAUGGCGGACAUACGGGCUUUGCAAACAAUAGCUUUAAUGAUUAGUUCCUAUGUUGUGUUGUGGGGACCAUUUUUAAUCGUAUCGUGCAUGCAGGCUUUCUGUGGCUCAAGCUGUCAAUUGCAACUCUUGGCAGGAUCUUACAUGUUCUUCCUUGGUAUUUGUAACUCGGCAGUAAAUCCAUUCGUGUACACAUACACGGAUAGAUCGUUGCGAAAAGAAGUUUCCAUGCAAUAUAAAAAGUUGAAAACUAAAAAGAACUCGUUGAGAAGAUGUUUGCAUACCUGAAGAAUAACAAAUAUUGUUGUAUGGACAUACAAAUACCGCGGGAAAAGAUACCGUUAGCCCCAACUUUAAUAUUUCCUGAUCGCGUAUUGAGCAAUAAACAACAAUUUUCAUCGACGCGGAACUGCAGUAAAUAAUUUUUUGAAUGUUCUUACUUAACAGCCGGAUGUUACGAGAGGAGAAUGAAAACCUGUCCCAUCUUAUCCCACCCUAAUAUAAACCUUAAGAAUAAGCAAAGAAUUGCUGGUUUUGGGCUGACACGCAUAUAAGGUUACAGCAAUGACAUAAUGUUGGGUUAAGCUACAACAUUGUUGUGCUAAUUACGUCAUAUGGUUUGUACUGGGAAUGGAAUAACGAUCGGUCAUUCUGUGCAACUACGUCAUACUACCUUUAAUACACGAACAGUUAUACAGUAGGGUGGGGGAAGAUAGGACACCUUGUCAUUCUAUU